CCGUCCGGGGCUGUGCCUCGGCACAAGGAAUUUGAGGCAUUUGGGGGGGUUAUUAACUUCCUCACCCUGUUAUUUCGGAGUUGGGGGGGCUCGAGCCAGAGUCCCACGCGAUGCUGGCUGUGUCAGAGGGAAGGGGCUGCUGUUUUAAAACUCCGGGAUUGGGCUUUUCUCUUCUUCCUUGGCUUUGAUCUAACAUGCGCGGAAGGAAAGCAGCCACCCCCUGUCUCCCUGCCAGCCCCCCGCUGGGGAUCCCGAGCUGGAAAAGCCACCCUGUUCCCACACGGCACUUUGCCCUGGCGCUGCGGAGGUCCCCGGCCACACGUCCACCCCACGCCGCGCUGAAAGGAGCCUUUCAUCAGCCCUGGGGGAGCGGAGACUGUGUGCGAGCAGGGCCGGGAUGCCCUCUCUAAGGAUGCUCUGCUCCGCCGUAAUUGCUGGGAUGUGCUGGGCAACUUCUCCGGGCGGGCGGCCGGCUGGGCCAGGACUGCUGUUGUAUGACCACCCAGUUUCCCUUCCCCUGAGCGAGCGCCUGCCAGCGCUGGAAGCUUGCCGGCUGCUCGCGGUGGGAUGCUCAGGGAGGGGCUGCUUCACACACGGCUCCGCACCAGCCCUGGCAGCGGUUCUGUACUGGGGCUCUUGGGGACAGGCGGGUAAACGGGGGCGGUGGCAAUUAAAACCGCAGCUCAUCUGUGGAGGAAGGGUCAGAGAACGAAGCUGGGAAGGACCACGGUCCCUCCCUGCCCUGCGCAGGCGGAGGAUGAGCAUCCUUGGCUUCUCCCGGGCUUGGCUUCUCCCUCUGUCCCAGGAUGGCAAAGUGACUGCCUCCAGGAUUUCUGUCGGCACAUCCCCAGGAAGAUACGAUGCCCCCCUGCAGUGGGGCAGGGGGUCCCUUCUCCUCUCUCCUCUGGGACAGCAAGGCUGGUGUGGAUUGAUAUGUGCUCCCGACAUCAGGAUGUGAGCCUCCCGACAUCAGGGAGCGAUUCCCAGCAUCUCCCUUGGAUGAUUUUAUUUACACAUCUGGGGUGCCGGGGCCGGACACCAAACCUUCUGCAACACAACAAGCUUGGACUCUAGAUGUCCAACGUGAGCCUGGUGCCAGAGGAACUCAGCUUCGUGCAACCUUCGUGUGCCUGCCAAAACUUUCUGAACCCCCAGCUAAUUUUAGCCGGGCUUGAUGGAGAAGUAGAGCCCUUGGAGACAUCCGGCUCCCACGCGGUUUGGAGACGCUGGCAGCUUGGUGGAUGGGGAAGCGGCUCCUCUCCACCCAAGGCAUGGCGUCUGAGCUGGGCUUCCCAAAAUCGCAUCCCAAGCGCAAACCUGGUGCUGUGACCCUGUUCCUGAGUUGGCGCCGUGCUGGAAGAGGAAGGCAGGAGCCUCCGGCGGGAGCAGCAGCAUCCAGGCCUGGAUGAUGGGUACCCAGGGAGCAGCCCCACCGCUGAAAAGCCCUUUGGUUCCUCAGGGUGCGGGAGAUGAGGGCCAUUAACGUGGGCAUCUGGCAUCUUCAGUAAGUUUUUUCUUGUACUGAGGUGUGGAUGCCUCUGCACAUCUCACCCGGCUGAUAACUCUGAAGCAUAAUGACAGCACGGUGACGAUGGGGCUGGCGGCACUUUGGUGUGAGGCUGUUACAAAAGCUCCCAGAAGAGGAAUCAAAGCUGGGUUCCUCACUCCGGCACUGGCAGCCCCUCGUCUGCGGCAGCUGAGCCCCUCCAAGGGCUGCAGCCUGCCCCCCCCCCCAGAUUUCCCUGGAGCGGAAAGGGGGGGCAUGAUGUGGAAAUCACUGCUAUAAGCCACAGGAGGGUAAAUCAAACGCCUCCUUGCCAGAGCAGGGAACCAAAGGCAGGAGAAGCAGCCAGGAGAGGCUUUUGGUCACCGACCCAGAGUUUGGCACAAAAUCCUGUUUUGAGCUGAUGGUCGGCAAAGCAACACGGGCUCCUCGGCUUUAGUACUUUUUUGCAUUUCGUUUUCUCUGGAAGGAGAACUCCUGGGUUUCACGCUAGGCAGUGGUGCCGGCAGCGGGGCUGUGCCAGGGCUGCAGCGGGCUCUGUGCCACACCAACGCGACGCUGCAGAUCGGAGCCGAGGGGGCGAAGGGGCACUUUUGGCACCCCGCAUGACACCUCCUCUGUCUACCAGAUGGUGAUGAGGCAGCAGCUCCUGGCUUGGACCUCGGCCGGUCCAGCGCUCCCCCAGCUCUCGGUCGGAGCUGCAAGGAGCCGGGCACCUGGCUUUGUUUUGGCAUUCGCCAGCGGCACUGACUUCAAAGGGAACGGUCCAACCGGGAUGGGAUGGAGCCAAACCUGGGGUCUGGGCAUGGAAGAAACCCACAGCACCCAGGGAAGAUUAAGAACCAUGAGCUUUACUGCAAAGACACUGCCAGAAGGUGUUUCCUCCAGGCACCAGCUGGCAUCUAGCACGGCUUUAAAGCUUCGUCACAUCUUGGGGAGGGACCAGCAGCCGCCCCGGCACCUCGCCAGCUCUCCUCCCCAGCUGUUUUCUCCUCCGCUCGACAGCUUUUGGAAGUCUUCCCUUGCUCGGGAUAAAGAAGGGAAGUUGGUCAUGCCGAAGGCUUCGCACACGUGGUAACCUCUGCCCCCCCCCUCCCUGCGGCUGGGCGCUGCUGCCGAAAGCGUGGGCUGCGUGACUUUCCAUCCAGACGGUUCCCAUCAAGGCCCGGAGGUGGAGGCUGGAUGGUUUAAGUGAGGCAUGGCUUUGCAAAACCAUGUGGGGAUGAGUGGGACGGCCCCUUUUCAUUUGAGGUGGAAAACAAAGCCUGCCGCAGAUACUUUUGCAAGGUGUUGGAAGUGCGGCUUCCUCCAAUAGAGCCCUGGCUUCCCUUCCCCUGGCUCCCGGGGGACCCCAGAUGUGAAUGGGGCACUUCCUGUCGUGGCAGGUAUUGAGAAACACAUCUGAGGUGGCUUUUGUCCUCGGUCUGCGGGCGAGGAGGUGGGGGACCCGCUCUGCUGCGUGCCAAAACCCAACCAGCCCGGCCGAGCAUCCCGGUCCCCAGUAGCAUCCGAGGAUGGCGAAGCAGCCAGGGCUCAAAAACGAGCAGAAGCGGGGCAGCGCUGAGCUCCGGCCACGCAAACCUCUGCCCCGGAGAUGUGUUGCCUCAACGUGCUGUGGGGAGCAGGCUGAGGUGCCUGUAGGAAGCCAGAGUGAUUAGCCGGAGCGGUUUAGCAAAGGUCACCCCGUCCCCAGCUCUGCGGGACUCCUCAGCAGCGUGUGCUGCAGACUGGGGGGGGUCUGAUGGGGCAGAUCCCCUCCCCAGACCCCCCUUUCCUUGAAAAGCAUCCUUGGAGGUGGGCUGCUGGGACUCGGGGGCUCCAUGGCUGUUCCUAGGGGGCUUAGAGAUCCCCAUCACCCUAAAAACCAGAAGUAACCCUGAGGGGUGGAAGGCGGGGGAGAUUUUCGCUUUCGGUCUUUCAAGCGGAGCCUGGUGCCGGGGCAGAGGCCCUGCAAGGAGGAGGAUGGAGGAUGCUCUCCGGGCAGCCCGGUGACGGUGAGCCCCUCACCGGGGUUGGAUGGCUGGAGGGUAGGCGCCGCACAUCCAGCCUCUGAUUGACACCCGCUUGAUAUAGCAAGCGAAAAACCUCAAAGCGAAAACGGUGGCGGAGCUAAUGGCACAACAGGAUGUGACCAAAAUAAAAGAACAUCUCGUCCUCGUACCGCCUUCUCUGUUGCAAACCAGCCCCAGGAACCUCCCGUUUCUCAAUAAUUUAAAGAAAACGACCUCCAAAUCAGCUUUUUCUUCAGCUUUCCAAGGAGGGCCGGCAGCUUUCCUGAUCACCACCCCGUACUCGCUCUGCGUCUGCCCCGAGGGCCAGAACGUCACCCUGACCUGCCGGAUCAGCGGUCCCCUCGCCAACCACCAUGACCUCCUCUACAAAACCUGGUACUUCAGCAGCAAUGGUGACCAGAGAUGCUCCGAGAAGAAGCACAUCCGCAACGUCACCGAGAAGGAGCUGCACCAUGACCUGGGCAGGCACCAUGAGCUACUGGGCAACGGCACCCCAAAAUCCCCCCUCAGGGGGCAAGCCAGCAGCCAUCACGGAGUGGAGUUUGUCCACGACCACCACGGUGCCUUUCACAUCGUGGUGAUGAACCUGACGCUGCAGGACAGCGGGAAUUACUGCUGCUAUGCUGUGGAGGCCAGGUGGGAGCACGGCAAGCCCAAGCCUCAGCGUGCCGCUUACGGUUUCGUGGAGCUGCAGAUCCUGCAAGGCAGGGGAGGGCUUCAAAACUGCACGUUUCAUACCGCCGCCAGCAAAGAUAUCACGGCCGCUGCGCUGGCAACGGGUGCCUGCAUCGUGGGCAUCCUCUGCCUGCCCCUCAUCCUCCUCCUGAUUUACAAGCAGAGACAAGCGGCCAGCAGCAGACGUGCCCAUGAGCUCGUCAGGAUGGAGAGUGCCCAGGGCAUCGAAAACCCCGUCUUCGAGGAGGUCCCCUCGGGGAGCGCGGAGCCGCGGCCCCGACCCCAGCUCUCCUACAUGGCCAGCCGACAGCCCUCCGAGUCUGGCCGGCAUCUGCUCUCCGAACCCGGCACCCCCCUGUCCCCCUCCGGCCCCGGGGACUGCUUCUUCCCCACGCUGGAUCCUGUUCCCGACUCGCCCAAUUCCUUGAAAGCCUAAAGACCCCGGAGGAAGCCACAUCCCCCAGCUGGGAGAGGCCAGGCAGCUGCCGUGCCGCGCUCGCCCAGCUGAGACCCCCGGGACGGGGACAGCACGGCCAGGGACAGCAAAGCCUUAACAAAUGAAGCCGGGAGCAGGAUCCCUGCCCUCGCCUCCUGUCCUGGCUCUGCCCUGGGGCUGGAAUUGAACGGCUCUCGCACGGAUUUCGGUUUUUAACUACCAAUUUCUAUGGAGAAAGAGUACGGCUCUGCACUGCUCACGUUCGACGGACUAGCUGAAAAUCGGGGAAGGAAGGAACACCCGCACCUGCAAAGCUCCCCCAGGAUUUAACUUAUUGCCAGGGAUUUAAGCUCCACAACAUCGACCUGUUUCCGCGUCUUUGACUGAAGAUCCUCUCCGGGAGUGGAUGGUAAAGUAUUUUAUCCACCGCGAGACAAAACAGGGUCACCGGCCACCCUUGUACUACCUUUUUCUUUGCAAAACAGGAAGGGGAGAGGCUCCCUGCUGCUGACGGAGCCCUCCUUCCUCACCAGCCUUUUGAGACGGCCACGGACUUGCGAGGCUGCUGCGUUUUCAGCUGGGCACACAUCAGGAGGAGCCUUAUUUCUGCUGCAGUUUUAUCCUGGGCUUGGGAUCAGGGGAAUUUAUCUUUCUGUUUGUUUCAUUAUCAGU